CUCCCUUUCUCUCUGUCUCGUCCCUUCUUUCCCCCUCUCCCUGCCUUGCCGGGUCCUCGCAUCUUCUCUCCCUCCCUCCCCUCCCUCCCCGGUGCCUCUUGGGUUGGAAUACAUAGUGAUGUGUUAACUACAGGAUGCCCAGCAGCACUGGAAAGAGGUUUAAACCUACUAAAUACAUCCCUGUCUCCACAGCAGCUGCCUUAUUAGUGGGUUCGACUACUUUAUUUUUUGUUUUCACGUGCCCCUGGUUAACAAGAGCCAUCUCCCCAGCCAUCCCUGUGUACAAUGGGCUCGUGUUCUUGUUCGUACUUGCAAACUUCAGCAUGGCGACGUUCAUGGACCCUGGAGUUUUUCCACGAGCAGAUGAAGAUGAGGAUAAAGAUGAUGACUUCCGAGCUCCACUCUACAAGAAUGUGGAGAUUAAAGGAAUCCAAGUACGGAUGAAAUGGUGUGCCACCUGCCAUUUCUAUCGCCCGCCCCGCUGCUCCCAUUGCAGCGUCUGUGACAACUGCGUUGAGGACUUUGACCAUCACUGCCCAUGGGUCAACAAUUGCAUAGGACGGAGGAACUACCGAUAUUUUUUCCUCUUCUUGCUGUCCUUAAGCACACACAUGGUCGGAGUGUUCACUUUUGGGCUGAUCUAUAUUUUAAACCAUAUGGAAAAGCUGGGGGCAGCUCACACCACCAUUACCAUGGCUGUCAUGUGUGUGACUGGAUUGUUCUUUAUCCCAGUCAUUGGUCUCACAGGUUUCCAUAUUGUUCUAGUGGCACGAGGGCGUACAACCAAUGAGCAGGUGACGGGUAAGUUCCGUGGGGGGGUGAAUCCUUUCACUCGAGGGUGCUGCGGUAACGUGGAACAUGUGCUCUGCAGCCCUCUGGCUCCCAGGUACAUUGUUGAGCCAAAGAAAAAGCAGGCUGUGAGUGUGAAGCCUCCUUUCUUCAGACCAGAUCUAUCCGAGCGACAGAUCACAGUGAAGAUAAGUGACAAUGGGAUCCAAGCCAAUCUUAACCGAAGCAAGUCUAAAGUUAGCCUGGAAGGUCUGGAGGAUAAAACCAUGGACAUCCAGCCACCUCUGCCUCCCAAAGGAGAUCCAAGCAAGUACUCUGAACUGAAGGGGCAGCUGGGAACCAGUGAAGAGAGUGGUCUUUCACCUAAAUUGAUCAGUCCCCCAACUCCUGCCAUGUAUAAGUAUCGACCAGCUUUCAGCAACAAUUCCAAAGUCCACUACCACGCUGCAGCUGAGCAGAUCACCAUGCAGGAGGGACACAAGCAAGGAGUUUUGAUUGAAGAGAAUGACCAGAGUCUUGAUUAUCAAUCGGAGCCCAACCUGGACAUCUCGAACUACAGGAAGAGCUCGCUUCACAAGACUUAUCAGUCCUCCCCACUCCAGAUAGACUCCUUCGCCGUCAAUUCGCGAUCCCUGAGCUUGAAGUCUGCCAGCAGGAGAGGGACAGACAAAGUGCCACUGCAUCCAAUAAAAUCAGAAGGGGCUGCUUCCACCCCCUACAAAAGCAUCUUUUCCCCCAACUCCCUGUCAAACAGAAAUGGAAGUCUGUCUUAUGACAGUUUGCUAAACUCCAUGUCCCCUUCCGGGAGGAAAUGCAUAGUCCAUUCUGCUGUUGGCUCCGUGGGGUACCAUUCGCCAUAUUUGUCAGCCAAAAUGUGCCACCUACGGGGAAGCGAGCUGCAGCGCCAGGCUCCACAGAGUUUCAGCCCGGUGCUGGGGGGCCCAGCGUCGCACCAGCGGGACCCCUCUCCCGUCCGUUACGACAACCUUUCAAAAACCAUCAUGGCAUCCAUCCAGGAGAGGAAAGAAAUGGAAGAGAGGGAGAAGCUCCUCCUGUCACACCCGGAUUCAGUGUUUGCAGACUCGGGUGUGUAUGACACCCCUAGCUCUUACAGCCUUCAACAAGUCAGCGCGCUGUCUGAAGACCCUCGCAGCAUGGUGAUGAGAUAUGGCUCCAGAGACAAUUUGAUGACUGCGACCAAUUUUAGCACAAGGAACCCUAUACUGCAGUCCUCGGUGUCUUCCCUCUCAAGUGCAAUGGCCAGGGCACCAAGGACUUCCACAACUUCCCUUCAAGCCGAUCUAGCCAAUAACAAUGUCCAGUCCCAUCAGGCACUACAAGGCAGGGUGAGCAAUGGCUCCUACAAGUCACCAGGCCAUCAGGUCCCAUCAUCCCCUACAGGGAUGCCUAGGUCACCCUCUUAUGGAGGUCCAAAGGCUGUCUCAUUUGUUAACACUGUGGAAAUAACGGAGGUGCAAUCUGUGGGAGCACAAAGACGUGAACCAUUGGCUCUUAUCAACCGGAAAAAGAAAAAUGAAGAGACUGGGGAAGAAGAGCUUGCUUCCCGCCUAGAUCACUGCAAAGCAAAAGCUACUAGACACAUAUUCCUUAUCCGCCAUUCUCAGUACAACGUGGAUGGUCGGAUUGAUAAAGACAGAAUUCUGACCCAACUGGGUCGUGAGCAGGCAGAGCUGACUGGGCACAGGCUGGCAAGUUUGGGGUUGAAAUUUGAUACAAUUAUCCACUCCUCUAUGACCAGAGCAACAGAAACAACCGACAUCAUCAGCAAGCAUCUUCCAGGGGUCAAAAAAAUUAGUACUGACCUACUAAGGGAGGGAGCACCUAUAGAACCAGUCCCUCCAGUAUCUCACUGGAAACCAGAAGCUGUACAGUAUUAUGAAGAUGGGGCUCGUAUCGAGGCUGCUUUCCGAAAUUAUAUUCAUAGGGCUGAUGCAAAGCAGGAAGAGGACAGCUAUGAGAUUUUUGUUUGCCAUGCCAACGUGAUCCGCUACAUAGUUUGCAGAGCAUUACAGUUCCCUCCGGAAGGCUGGCUUCGGAUGUCCCUUAAUAAUGGCAGUAUAACCCACUUGGUGAUCCGUCCUAGUGGCAGAGUGGCACUUAGAACACUUGGAGACACAGGAUUCAUGCCUCCAGAUAAAAUCACACGCACCUGAGUCUGUGCAGGUGAUGGCCACCUGGGAGUUGUUUCUGGUCUCUCUGCACUAGUACAUCCAACUAUUGUACCACUAAAUUUCUAUUUAAUGCUGUUUUAAAAUUGUACUUUAAGCCUUUCAGUCCAAAAAAGAUGAAUGUGCAUUUCUUCAGGGUUCUAUGGACUUUACUUAAUCACUUCAUACAAUGAAGAGUGGCACCUCCCUGCUCUGAGGUGUGGAGUACGAAAAGACUGAUGAAAGGAUAUUUGUGCUCAACUAUUUGAGAGCACCACUUGCUUGUAAAGUGAAUAUUACUCUUCCUUAUUGAGCUUUUGGUGAACUGAUUCCUAUGCUAGAGAGGAGUAUGAUACUAGUGCUUUUCCCGGUUGAAGUUACGUACAUGUGUGUGUUUAGCAGGCAUACUAAAAUGAGGAGAGAAGUAUACAGCUCUGGUGUUAAGUUUAAUGCUCCCUGCUUUAGAAGUUCAUUCCCCUAUUCUGAAAAAUACUCCUAGCAACAGUAUCUCUCACACAUCUUGCUCCAGAAGGAAAGUAAAUGGUAAGCCAGUUUUAUUAUACAUCCUUGUCCUUAUGCCUGAAUGGGGCUUGGGGUAGUGACAGACUGGUCAGUUAGUAGAGGGCUCUGCAGUAGAUUGUUCUCAAAGCUUACCUGCAUAAGACAAGCACUAACAAGCAGUCUGCCUCCAUUGAGCUUCAUGUUGCCCUGGACUAAGCUUAUCAAAUAGGGAGUUAGGUACUUUGACACUGUCAAUUCCUAUAUACCUUUUGACACUCCAACCCUGAGUGCUAAGUUUGGGCAAAAUUCUGGUGCUAGACUGAUUUUUUUUAAUAGCAAAUAAGUGUGGGAAGUUAAUGUAGUCAGGUGAGAACAAGGAUCAUGCUAAUCACUGGACGUUUUACAACACAAGCUUUUCUUGAAGAAAAUGCUAGGUACUCACCUUGGCCUUGUCAGAGCCAAUAUGAAAUUUUAAUCAUGAGAAACACUGCCUAGCAAACUGUGCAGCUGAAACCAUGAACUUUUUCCAGGCUGUUUAAAUUGCUCCAACUGCAACAGAGACAGAUGGCUUAAUGAAACAGGUUACUAAAAACAAAACUUUUCAUAUACAAAGGGGUAUGGCAGAUGGUCUUCAGCAAUCACUGCAAGAAAUUGGAAUAACUGUCAACUUUUUUAAAUUUUGAAUAAAAAUUCAAGUGGUCUCUGUGUGUACCUUUGAGUGUAGCAGUCAUCACAUUUGGAACAAAUACUGCAAGCCCUAAGAGGGAAGUGUAUUGGUGAAGUAGCAUGACAUUUCUACAUUUAAUCCCUCCAAUAUAAUAGGUUGCUUUUAUUAAUGGUAUUUGUGUUAGAUCAUGAACCAAAUGCCUGAAACAGCAUAUGCUUGUGUUCUACAGAUAUAUGGGCAUCUUAAAAAUCCCCCACCCUAUGUAAUCAGUAGCAGAAUGUCUAUUGCUGAAUAUUUUGUGCACUUUAUUCCAGCACAUCACAUACACAAUAUUGAAAGAACCAUAAAUGCAUGCAGGGUGGAAGGCAAGAGCACAUACAACACAUUUUUGCACAUGUACAGAAAUCAGCAUUUGUAUUGGCACUAAGCUUUAAAAUCAAAAUAACUAAAUCCAUAUAAGACAAAAUUAAGCUGGCAAUAGCCUUAUUUAGAGAGUACAGAUUUUGUACUAUUAAAAUACCCCCCUCUGAUCUGAGCAUAAAUCUCUCCCCCCAAACAUGGGUAUUUCUUUUAAAUGUCAACAAUCAAGACAAACAUCUUUCAGGUUGUGAAAUGUUUUCCAAACCUAUAGUUUCAUGUCCCAAAUUGAGGCACCAAUUAAAUUUCAUCAUAGAAAUGAAACCAUGGUAUCUCAAGGAAAGCUACUUCAGUUUUGCAACAUGGAUACAUAUUCCCAUCCACCUAUUGCCCUAGGACACCUUAACUACGUGUUUACUUUGAAUAGAAAGAAUAGCAGCUAAACCUCAGCAUUUUAAAGUCAUGCUUGCAAAGGGUCUUUUGUUGUCAGAGGUCAACUAC